AUGUCACCUGAUUACUCCUUCUGGCAAUACGCAACGAAUGUACUCGAGAUGCGCAACGAAGACUCGAUCUUCUGCUAUCACCUUCGGCUUGACAACAACAUUCUCGUGCACAUAAUUAUUGGCUGUGCCAGCCCCGGGCACAUCCACACUUCAGGGGAGAUGGAUCCCUCAGUUCAUAGCACGACCUUCACAAGCGAAGACUUCAAGAUCGCACUCACAUAUCAUUCAAUAUGUCUCAUACGAGAAGAUGGCCCGACGCACAUUGUGUUCUGGACUCCUGCCAAAAACACUGUCCGAUUCACGACCGCAUCAUUUUCCAUGGACAGAGGCUCGAGUGAUCAUAAGCCACCAGUCCUCCCCGAAGCCUCGCAAACCGACCUGAUCUCGUGUAAAAGUGGACCCCCUUCAUUCGGAAUCCGGAUCGAGUUGACUGAGUCUGGCUUGAACCUGAACCACUCCCCGGGUGUUUUCGAUCACCCCCCGGCCCUCCGACAAGUCUCAGUGCCGAAACUCGGCGAGAGGCCGCACCGGCACAGCCAGCGUCGAGGGCCGAGGCCCACCGGUGAACGCCAUCAUGAGAUCCUAACGAGCACGGCCGACCAGGAACCCAUUCAGGCCAACGCCCACUAG